AUGGCGUCGCUUGUGAUAUUUUUUAUUAUUUUUCAUGUUGUAUCUGGAGAUCAAAAUUUAAAACGUGAAAGUGUGAUUGAUCAUUUGACUAAUGGCAUGAAGUUUGCUAAAGAUUUUUUGGGAUCAGAAUCGGUAGCAAUGAAAGUGGCCGAUUUCGUCGUUCGUGCAUUCCAGCCUAAGAAAAAUCCCACAUCACAAAGAAAACAUCCAAUCAAUGAAGAAUAUCCUUCUACGAGCUCUCUGCACUCAGAAGAAAAUUAUUCAAAUGACAAAUAUCAGAAUUAUGAUGUAAAUGAAUCCCCAAACCUUUUAUCUCCAUGGCGGCACUUGGUCAAGUUAUUGGGCUUACAAACAAAUCAAAUCAGUGCUGUUGCUGUUAAUGCCUUGAUUUUCAUCGCGCAAAUGAUAACGACAUUUUUAUCUGGUCCAAAACGUCCAAACAGACAGCAGCGUUCUGAUGAUUUAUCAACAUGGAUGUUAAAUAAAGACUCGAAAAAAUUACAAGAGCUGCUUGCAACUGCGAAAAACGAAUCAUUGCCUGAUUUACUAGAAGACCUUAUACGGAAAGAGGAAUCUGAAGAUACUAGUUGCAUUCAGCUAUUGGUAUGCAAAAUAACUCCAUUUGUGAACAAAAUGCAAAAAACUGUGUUUGGGAACGACGAGAUUGUAAACAAUGAAAACGGAGGAUCGACUGCAUUAUACCGCCAUCUGCCGUCACAAGAAGAAUUUAAAAGCCAGAGUCAGUUGUGUGAGAAACGGUUCAAAGAGUGCAAUUUAAAUGAAUAACCUGUGUACUAAAUUUAGUAAUUCAAAUAUAAUAAGUAAUUGUGUAACUAAUAUAGAGCUAGAUAGUAGGUCCUUUCUAUCAUAAUGAAAACCAAUCCUGCCUUGCCAUCACAGACCCAUACUCUGUCGAUUCCUUUUUCUUUGUAAUGUAGGUACAAUGUUUAUAAGGUUCUUUGAUUUUUUUAUUAUUAUACUGCUACCAAGCUUGAUUUUGUUUUCAUUCUACAAUAAGCCACCGCUUCUA